AUGUCGUUUCAAGAUUCAUCAUUGACUCCUCCAACAAUGGUGGAUGAUCUUAUUGAUAUUGAGUUGUUGCUUGGUGACAUCGGGGAAGAGGAGACAACGGAUGGAGGUAAUUUAGAGAUUGGUGAGUUGAUGGAUAUGGAGGUUCCAGUUCCGAGUGAUACAACUACUCAAACCAACCCCACUGAUAAUACUACUACUCAGACCCCUACUCAAAAUACUACAAACACAAACACUGAUGCUUUAACCCCUCAAGUUGCCCAAGCUCAGAGUCCAGAUGGCAUUAAGAAGUGGAAGUGCAGAUGGUGUGGAAAGCUUUACACAUAUGAUUCAAAGUGGAAGAGUACCUCUAAUGGUAAGAAACAUUUAGAUGCUUGUAUUCAGAGAAGGUUAAGGUUGAAAGGAAAUAAUGAGAAAGAGUUUGCUCAGUCUAGAUUAAACAUAGGUGAUAAUACUCCUAGUUUAGCUACUUGGACAUAUAAUCAUGCUAGGGUUAGAGAAAUUGCAGCACACAUGAUUCUAGGUCAUGAAUUUCCUUUUUCUGUUAUGGAAGGUGUUAUUUUUAACGAGUUUCUAAAAGAGAUUUAUCCAUGGUACAAAAAGAUUACUAGGCAACAGGUUAAGUUUGAUUGUGAGACAUUUUAUGAGGCUGAGAGAAUUAAAAUGAAAAGGUCUAUGGCUUUGAUUAAUAGGGUUAGUCUCACCACUGACUUGUGGUGGUCUGGUGAACAGAGGAUAGGCUAUAUGACUGUGACUGGUCAUUUCAUUGAUUCAAAAUGGCAGCUUCAUAAAAGAGUUUUAUCUUUUAAGAAUGUGCCACCACCACAUUCUGGAGAGGUUUUGUGCAGGGAAUUGAUAAAGGUAAUGGAUGAUUGGGGAAUAAGGGAUAAGGAUGGGCUUGAUAUGAUUAAGGUGUCUGUUGAUAAGAUAAGAAAUGGUGUCAAAUACUUGCUCAAUUCUGAAACAAGAUGCAAAUCAUUCAAAAAGAUUGUUGAUGAGUUGCAACUUGAAGGCAGAAUGCAAGUGUUGGAUACAAAGACUAGGUGGAACUCAACUUGGUUGAUGUUGUCUACUGCAUACCAUUACAGAGAAGUGUGGCCUAGAUAUGCUGAGGAAAAUGGUGCAUUUCUCAGUUUUUUGCCUGAUGCAAAUGAUUGGGAAGAUGUUCAUGAUAUUUGCAAGUUUUUGGAGGUUUUUGCUGAUGUGACAUCAAUUAUUAGUGGCACAUCUUACCCUACUGCUAAUCUGUUUUUGUCUGAGCUUUACAGAGUGAAGGUUUUACUUGAUAAUCCUUCAAGAAUCUCACAUAAUCCUCAGUUGCAGGCCCUUGCUAGUGAAAUGAAGUUGAAAUAUGACAAGUAUUGGUCAGAGUCCAAUACAUUGAUUUCUAUUGGUGCAGUUCUUGAUCCAAGGUAUGAACAUCUUAGCAUAUGA